AUGCCCCGGCCCAUCGAAUGGUCGUCCUCUGAGAGGAUCCCGGAUCGUGAGAAGAACGACGCAGAAGGAGAAGCACCGCAAGAUCCAAACAUUGUGGACUUCGAUGGUUCCAAUGACCCAGAGAACCCGCUGAACUGGUCGACAGCCAGGAAGACAACGUCCAUCGUUAUUGUGUCCCUGACCGCAUUGCUCUCACCCAUCGGCUCAACCAUUAGCGCAGCGGCGGCGGCUAAUAUCAUGCAGCACUUUGGUACGACUGACGAGACGCUGGGGGCAUUCAUGACAACUAUCUACCUGAUCGGAUACGCGUUUGGCCCCAUGGUCAUCGCGCCGCUGUCGGAGCUAUACGGACGGGCUAUCAUGUUUCAGUCAUGCACUCUCCUGUUCGUUAUCUUCAACGUCGCAUGCGCGGUGGCGAACAGCUUCGGCUCUCUGGUGGUGUACCGCCUGCUGGCUGGCAUAGCUGGUUCAUGUCCGGGCGCGUUAGGUGCCGGCUCUAUCGCAGACAUGAUUGCGCGUGAGAAGCGCGGGGCCGUUAUGUCUGCAUACGUGAUGGGCCCCGUCUUGGGACCGACGAUUGGGCCUAUCAUCGGCGGCAACCUGACGCCGGCUGCGGGCUGGCGAUGGGGCUUUUGGCUGAUGGCUAUUGCUUCAACUGUCAUGACCGUCCUCCUCAUCAUCUUUGUACACGAGUCGUAUCCGUACGUGAUCCUGAAGAGGAAGACGGCACGGUUGCGCAAGCAGACUGGAAAUCAGGGCCUGCGGUCGGCCUUAGACACAGGCAAGACCCCCAGUCAACUGUUCGCAUUUUCUAUACUUCGCCCUUUCAAGAUGCUGAUUUCCCCCAUCGUUUUCUUGAUGUCCGCCUACGCCGCCACCGUCUUCAGUUAUGCCUAUCUCUGCUUUACCACUUUCCCACGUAUCUUUAAAGACCAGUACGGCUUUGGUAGCCAAGCGUCCGGACUAGCCCCCAUCGGUCUUGGGGUUGGUUUUGUCGUGGGCCUUUUUUUCUGCGGUAUGGUCUCUGAUCCAUGCUCCGCCUACCUGACACGGAGAAGUGGCGGUGUGAGCAAGCCUGAGUAUCGACUACCCACAUUGGUGGUCGGUGCCGUUUUUGUUCCCAUUGGCCUUUUCUGGUACGGAUGGACAGCCGAAAAUAAGGCCCAUUGGAUUGUGCCCAUCAUCGGAACCUCCUUCAUUGGCAUCGGGAUUGUUAUUAUAUAUGGCAACAUCGUCAGCACACGCUUUCAGUAA